AUAUGAGAGCCACCGAUUCCUCCAACCAUUUUCUACAGCUUUGGGGAAGAGGACUAUCGUAUUUCUUUGGGAAUUUUCGUUUCACUUUCCAUUACUACAAAUCAUGGGGAAGGGUCCUGGUCUCUACUCUGAUAUCGGCAAGAGAGCUAGAGAUCUUCUUUACAGAGACUACCAGAGCGACCAGAAGUUCACCAUCACCACUUACUCCCCCACUGGAGUUGCUAUAACAUCUUCAGGAACGAAGAAGGGUGACCUGUUUUUGGGUGAUGUUAAUACUCAGCUCAAGAACAAAAACAUCACGACCGAUAUCAAAGUUGACACAAGCUCCAAUCUUGUUACAACUAUAACUGUGGAUGAACCUGCUCCUGGAUUGAAGGCAAUACUUAGUUUCAAAGUCCCUGAUCAAAGGUCUGGUAAGGUGGAACUGCAAUAUCUGCAUGACUAUGCUGGAAUCAGCACGAGUAUUGGGUUGACAGCCAAUCCUAUCGUCAACUUUUCUGGUGUCGUUGGGUCAAAUCUUCUUGCCCUCGGUACCGAUCUCUCAUUUGACACCAAAACUGGAAACUUCACCAAAGUCAAUACUGGACUGAGCUUUGCUAACGCAGACCUAAUUGCUUCUCUGACCUUGAAUGACAAGGGUGAUACGUUGAGUGCAUCAUACUACCACACAGUGAACCCUUUGACCAGCACGGCCGUUGGAGCAGAGGUCGCUCACAGCUUUUCCUCCAAUGAGAAUACAAUCACUGUUGGAACCCAACAUGCACUUGAUCCACUGACCACAGUGAAGGCUCGAGUGAACAACUUUGGGAAGGCCAGUGCUCUUAUCCAGCACGAGUGGCGUCCAAAGUCGUUCUUCACCGUAUCUGGGGAGGUAGACACCAAAGCGAUUGACAAGAGUGCUAAGGUUGGACUAGCUUUGGCCCUCAAGCCAUGAUAGGACAAAUUGAUUACUCGCCGUGGCCGGAAGAAUUAAGGUAGAGUUUUCUGGUACAUAGCUCCCCAAGUUGUUUGUCGAGACCUCGAUGAUAUGUGUUGAUGAAUGUUGCCGCCAGUUGUUUUGGAUUGUAGAAAUAAAUGUUAAGAUGAUGAUGUGGGUAUCAUAGACAUAUAUUUGGUACCGUUUUUUGCAGUGUGAUGAGUCCCUUUUGAAACCGGGCCAGAUGAAACUGGUUGAGGAGGAGAUUUACAAUUGAUAUAUUGUUCCAUUUUUCUUUC